AUGCCAUCGAGACAGUCCACUGUUCCGAAUUUAGAUCUUAGCACUUCCACUCUGCAGGCGGAUGCGAAGAUCUCGUCUCCACUGGGUGCCCAAAGCUCCGAGGGGCCAAGUCCCCUGACACCCCGUUCCCCCAAGUCAUCAUCGAGCUCGCCCUUUUUCAAAGGGGCCACUAUCAGACCCGUCACACAAGAAUCAAACAGCAAGUCGAGUAGCCCUACGUUCCCAGCAACCUCUCCGGGUAUUGCCCCUGCAGAACCAGCUACUCCGGGUAUCACGGCUAUACCCCAGUAUCCUCCUUCCCCGAAAGACACCCCUAAGCACACGCGUGAUCAGUCACGCUCUUUCUUUGCGAACCUCAAAGCACCAAAGUCAUCACAUAGGGCCCAACGUUCGGAUAGCUCAGGGAAUUCGGGCGAAAAGCCCAAGAGCCGCGGUAGUUCCAGAGAUCGCAAGACUCAGAUCUCAACAAAACUCUACGAAUCAACUCCUGAUCUGCCAGGCGCCAUUGAGCGGGCAGCUCAAGAAGAGAAUCGUGGUGAUCGUGCUGAGGAGAAGUGUCCCCAACCAGCAGAGGUGAAGAAGGUGGGUACGGAGUCGGACGCCUUCAAUCUAGCCAAGAAAAACAAGCCACGAUUCGCAAACCUUCUCUCUCGCUCCCGCUCGAUCAGGCUGGACGACUCGUCUAUGAACAGGAUAGCACAUCGGCGCCCAUCCACUAGCCUGAUGAGGCUGGAAGAAAACACCCGGAAGGAGGUGCAAGAGCCCCCGAAGACUGCCCCACGUCAUGAGCGCAAUAUCAGGACGGCUGGGAAUCCUACGGCUCGCAGUUAUCCCGCCGACCGACCCGCAGAAUAUCAUAACGGCCACAUGCGUAAAGACAAGUACUAUGCUGGAUCGAUGGUUCCGUCCGCCUCCCUAAGCCAGGUGUCAGGCGCAUCCGCUGCGCUAUUCAAUAACCUCAAACAACAGUCAAGCGGUGCCGCUGAUCGUAUCGGCAAGGCUGGGAAGGGUUUCUUCGGCAAGAUUACCAGGAGCGGGAGCACAAACGAGCGGGAGCUCGUGAAUGACGACAAUUAUGUUUGCUCAGUCAUCAAUCUGCCACUCAUACAACAGGCAAGGCGGACUCGUAUCGCAAAGCGACUUGAAGAUUGUAGAGACAAAACCGAGUUUUGGAUGCCUGCACUACCUUACCGCUGCGUCGACUACCUCAACUUCAAGGGAUGUGAAGAAGAGGGACUCUACCGAGUCCCGGGAAGUGGGAAAGAGGUGAAACACUGGCAAAGACGUUUCGAUACAGAACUUGACAUCAAUCUUUUCGAUGUGCCAGACCUCUAUGAUAUUAACACUAUUGGCUCGAUGUUCAAGGCCUGGCUUCGUGAGUUGCCAGAUGAGCUCUUCCCCAAGGAGACACAAGCCUUAAUCGCUGAGAAAUGCGAGGGUGCAACGACCGCGCCACAAAUGCUGAAAGAUGAACUUUCCAAGUUACCGCCUUAUAACUAUUACCUUCUUUUCGCCAUCACCUGUCACCUAAACCUCCUGCACUCCUAUGUCGACCAGAACAAAAUGGACUACCGCAACCUUUGCAUUUGCUUCCAGCCUUGCAUGAAGAUUGAUGCAUUCUGCUUCCACUUCCUGGUCUGCGACUGGAAGAACUGCUGGCAAGGCUGCUGGACAGAGAAAGAAUAUCUUCAAAUUGAGAAGGAAAUGGAUGAAAAGGAAAAGGCGGCCCAGGAGAAGGAUGAAGCAGUCCACGAUUGUCAGCAGGCCCAACAACCUCAGCAAAUUCAGCAAAUUCAGCAAUUCCAGCAACCUCAUCAAGCUCACGAAAGCCACGAGAGGGCUGUCUCUUCCGGUAGCAGCCAACCUGGACAGGAAGAAGAGCCACCGCGUCCCGAAGUACCGAAGAACCGCAAGCAGAGACCAAAGAACAUUGAGACCUCGCAUACGAGAAGCAUAUCACAGCUUCCCGAACUCGGCCCCCCACUUUCCCCGAUCCAGAUCUAA